AUGACUAGGAAAACCAUUCAAUCUAGUAGUCGUUUGAUUAUGAUGGUAGCUCUAUUGAGAAACUCGAUCAAGUUAGCUCAUAAGCAGCUAAAAGUCUGGAUGGCACCAGAUAAGGCAAAGACCUUAUCCAUUCUGUAUGCCUUCAAACGACAUUUGAAUACUUCUUGUUUCUUGCAAGUGUUGUCUAUUGAUCCUGUUAUUGGUGCGAUUUCUGCCGGGAAUGGUGUUUUGUUAAAGCCAUUAGAACUGGCUCCAGCUUCUUCUUCUCUGCUCGCAAAGUUACUGGAACAGUAUCUAGACCCUUGUUCAGUGAGGGUUGUAGCAGGGGCUGUUACUGAAACAACUCUGCUGCUGGAGCAGAAGUGGGACAAAAUAUUCUACACAGGUUCUACUCUUGCUUGGUUUGGUAGUUCGAGAAUUGGGCGUAUCAUAAUGACGGCAGCUGCGAAGCAUCUCACCCCGGUUUCUCUGGAGCUUGGGGGAAAAUCUCCUGUUGUCAUUGAAAGUUCAGAGACACCCAAAUUAUAA